AUGACGGGAGGUUUAACGAGGGCGGACCGGUUGCCCAGACUGUUGGUAAUCACCUUGAUGGAUUCAGGGGAGGCCGCACUGAGGUCAGAAUCAGGAUGGCACGGUCCCGAGAGUCGACCGAGAGGAGCAGCUCGUCCACCGCGUCCAGGAGGAUCUGAGCGAGCUAAAAAGGUUUCUGUCACCAGUAAGAAGUCCAACGUACGGGCGGUGAAGAAGUCGUUGAGGAUAAAGGUCUCAUUGGAUUACAGGAGGGGAGGCUGCAGGAAAGUGGGUCCAGGACGCAGGGUAGCUCACCUGGCGCUGCUGUACGCGCUAGUACACGACCACCGGGACUACGCGCGCUACCUGCUCGGCAGGUACUCGGUGAGCGCGCUCAGAGCGUCGCGCUGCAGCUUCUGCUGCCACCGCAGCAGCAGUUCGCCGCACCUGUCGGUGGCGGUUCGCUACAACCGGGUGUCGAUCCUCAGCAUGAUGGUGGAGGCACUGAAGGACUGUGACGUGCAGGGCGGGCAGCGGGACUACCUGGACGGCUGCGGUGGCUGCUCACAUGUGGCGGACUCGGGUAAGACGGCGGUGGAGCUGGCGGUGGAGCUGUCGCGCCCCGACUGUCUGCUGCUGCUGCUGGCUCACGGCGCGCAGCCCGACGGCCUCGACGCCGCGCUGCAGCGACUCGUCUCCUCCGACGUCACAGAGCGACGCCACGCGCAGCGCUGCCUCGACUUCCUGCUGCUCUACCUGCCCAAACCGCCUGCGCUGCGCCACCUGCAGGAGGAGCCACAGCGCUGGCAAAGCCUGCUGGGAAAUGAAGUCUUCAGCUGGCUGUGCGGUCUAGCCCCGCCCCCCCUCUUGCUGCAGGCGCUCAGGUGUUUGGCGCGGUCCGGCCCGGAUGGAAUCGCUGCGCUGCCUGACUUCCUGCAGCUGCACAGCUGGCAGUGACUGUCACCAUGGCAACACACUCAGGACUGCUGUGAUUGGACGCCGUAUUGAUGAUGUAAAUAAAAUGUAAAUAAAGACAAACAGACUGAUAACUGAUCAGCGAUCAAUACUGCUGUCCAUCUGUCCGACAGGCUUUAGGACCCUGAGGAGACUGAAGUCACAGACCUGGAGAUACAAGGUUUUAAUGUGAAGUUUGUUUGUUUGACUUUUAUUGUGAAAUAAUCUGAUGGAAAGACGUUUACUUCCUGUUGAUGUAAAUGUGAAACAUGUUUCUACCUCAGUGAGUUUCAAACUGAUCCGAGCUCAGUCUGGACCGAUGUUUAUUCCUGGAUAUUGACUGUAAAUAAACACAAACAAAGGUGGA